GGCGCCGCUGCCCGGCUGCCAUGGCCGCGCACGGGAAGCUGCGCCGGGAGCGGGGGCUGCAGGCCGAGUAUGAGACGCAAAUAAAAGAGAUGCGCUCGCAGCUGAGCGAGCAAUUGCGCUGCCUGGAGCUGCAAGGGGAGCUGCGGCGGGAGCUGCUGCAGGAGCUGUCCGAGUUCAUGCGGCGCAGGGCCGAGGUGGAGCUAGAGUACUCCCGGGGCCUGGACAAGCUGGCCGAGCGCUUCUCCAGCCGAGGAGGCCGCCUGGGGGGCAGCAGCCGCGAGUAUCAAAGCUUCCGGAAGGAGCCGACCCUCCUCUCAUCCUUGCACUGCUGGGCUGUGUUGCUGCAGCAGACUCGGCAGCAGAGCCGGGACAGCGCGGCCCUCAGCGAGGUGCUGGCCGGGCCACUGGUCCAGCGCUUGAGUCACAUUGCGGAGGAUGUGGGGCGCAUAGUCAAGAAGAGUAAGGAUCUGGAGCAGCAGCUGCAGGAAGAGCUCCUGGAGGUGGUGUCCGAGCUUCAGACGGCCAAGAAGACAUACCAGGUGUAUCACACGGAGAGCAUGAAUGCCGAGGCCAAGCUCCGGGAAGCUGAGCGGCAGGAGGAGAAGCGGGCUGGCCGCAGUGCUGCUCCUGCCACGGCCACCACCCCCACUGAGGCAGGGCCCCUGCGCAAGACCUCUGUCAAGAAGGGAUCACGAGUGGUAGAAAAGCGUCAGGCCAAGUUCUUGGAGCACAAACUGAAGUGCACGAAGGCGCGCAACGAGUACCUGCUCAGCCUGGCCAGUGUCAACGCCGCAGUCAGCAACUACUACUUGUAUGACGUCUUGGACCUCAUGGACUGCUGUGACACAGGGUUCCACUUGGCCCUGGGGCAGGUGCUCCGGAGUUACACGGCUGCUGAGAGCCGCACCCAAGCCUCCCAGAUGCAGGGCCUGGGCAGCCUGGAGGAGGCGGUGGAGGCCCUAGAUCCUCCAGGGGACAAGGCCAAGGUGCUGGAGGUGCACUCGGUCGCCUUCUGCCCCCCGCAGCGUUUUGACUACCAGCCCCAUGAGGGGGAUGAGGUGGCUGAGAUCCAGGUGGAGGUGGAGCUGCGGGACGAGAUUCUGCCCAGAGCCCAGAAUAUCCAGAGCCGCCUGGACCGACAAACCAUAGAGACAGAGGAGGUGAACAAGACGCUGAAGGCCACACUGCAGGCCCUGCUGGAAGUGGUGGCAUUGGAAGAUGGGGACAUGCUUGACUCCUUCCAGGCCUGUCCCUCCACUGAGUCCCUCAAGUCCACCAGCUCGGACCCAGGUGCUCGGCAGGCGGGCCGGAGGCGGGGCCAGCAGCAGGAGACCGAGACCUUCUACAUCACGAAACUCCAGGAGUACCUGAGUGGGCGGAGCAUCCUUGCCAAGCUGCAGGCCAAGCAUGAGAAACUGCAGGAGGCCAUUCAGCGAGGGGACAAGGAGGAGCAGGAGGCGCCUUGCGCCCAGCACACACAGAGAAAAUUCCAGAAGAGCCGCCACCCCCGCCCCAGCUCCCAGUAUCAUCAUAAACUCUUCGGGGGAGACAUGGAGAAGUUUAUCCAGAGCUCAGGCCAGCCCGUGCCCCUGGUGGUGGAGAGCUGUGUCCGCUUCAUUAACCUCAACGGCCUGCAGCACGAGGGCAUCUUCCGGGUGUCGGGGGCCCAGCUGCGCAUCUCAGAGAUCCGUGAUGCUUUUGAGAGAGGGGAGGACCCCCUGGUGGAAGGCUGCUCGGCCUGCGAUCUGGACUCGGUGGCGGGCGUCCUGAAGCUCUACUUUCGGAGCCUGGAGCCCCCGCUCUUCCCCCCGGACCUAUUCCGGGAGCUUCUGGCUUCUGCGGAGCUGGAGGCCAUGGAGGAGCGGGUGGAGCUGGUGAGCCGCCUUCUGACACAGCUGCCGGGCCCAGUGCUGGUGGUGCUGCGCUACCUCUUCACCUUCCUCAGCCACCUGGCCCAGUAUAGCGAUGAGAACAUGAUGGACCCUUACAACCUGGCCGUGUGCUUUGGGCCGACGCUGCUGCCCGUGCCCCCUGGGCAGGACCCCGUGGCCUUGCAGGGCCAGGUGAACCAGCUGGUGCAGACGCUCAUUGUGCAGCCCGCACGGGUUUUCCCACCCCUCACCCUGCUGCCGGGCCCUGUCUAUGAGAAGUGCAUGGCACCGCCUUCCGCCAGCUGCCUGGGGGACACCCAGGUGGAGGGACUGGCAGGCGAGAACGAGCCGGAGCUGGAAGCUGGGACCCCAGCCCAGGAGGAUGUCCUGGAGGGCGUCGUGGAGGCGGUGGCCUGCUUUUCCUACACGGGCCGCACGGCCAAGGAGCUGACCUUCCAGCGUGGGGACGUGCUGCGGCUGCACGAGCGGGCCUCGGACGACUGGUGGCGGGGCGAGCAUGCUGGCACCUGCGGGCUCAUUCCGCACAAGUACAUCACGCUGCCUGAGGGAGCAGAGAAGCAGGCUGUGGGCCCGGAGCUGCAGGCUGGGGAGCUGCUGAGCAGUGCGGAGGGCCUCCCGGCUGUGGAGAUCACCCAGCGGCCAGAACUAUGUACCCCACCCGGGGGCUCUUUUGGGCACAGACGGCACUGCUUGGUCCCAUCCUCCCCAGAUCGACAUGUGGAGAUGGAUAAGGCUGUGGCGCAGACCAUGGACUCCGUGUUUAAGGAGCUCUUGGGAAAGACUACCGUCCGCCAGGGCCUGGGGCCAGCAUCCACCAACUCUCCCAGCCCCGGGCCCCGCAGCCCGAAGCUUCUAGGCUAUGGCCGCCUGGGCAAGAACAAAGGCUUCUCCCGCAGCCCUGGGGCGCCGGCCUCACCCUCAUCCUCAUCGUCCCAACCCCCGGGUCUGGACUCACCCCUCAAGCCACACUGAGGUGCUGCUGGCUCCUCAGCAGAACCCCCCCUCACCCUAAGGGUUGCCAGCAAGACCCUCCUCCCUCCCCAGGCCUUUGCUUCUCCCUGGCCCUGUCCAGCAAGCACGGAGCACCUGCUCUUGACCCUUUGCGGAAAGAAGGACACGGCUGCCCAACCGAGCCCCUGCCUGCCCCAGCCCUGGCUUAGGCCCCUUUGGGAGGCAGCCAACGGAGGCUGGGGGCAGUCCCUCCCCAGCUUGCCUGUGAGGGCUCAUCAGUGGCUGUUGGGUGGUGGGUGCCCUUGCUCAGAUGAGCAGGCCUGCCAGUGCCCAGGCCCUUGUCUGCUUCAACCGAGGGCACGAGACUGGCGGGGGUUGGCAGGCCUGGCAGCCAUUCAUAAAGACUUGAGCAUUGACUUCCCUACGUGAGCCAGGUCUCUUGUUUUGGGGGACUGGGCACGUGGAUAUAGGGCCAACCCCCUGUCACCCUCACUGCUUGAGGCCAGAUGCCAGGGCGCUCAGCAAAGGCGGCAGGGUGGGCGGCUGGACCAGCUUCUGUUGGGG